CCAGGAGGAGGUAGUUGUGUGCCUGGCAGAUAAAACCUCCUAGCGCCAGUUUCGUGAGACCUGGUGGUACUUGAACACUGCGGAAUUACUCUAUUUACCCUUGGAAUUUUGCGUUGGAUAACAAAUUCGGGUACUUGGUGAAAGAUGGUAGCAAGACUUUGGACGUUAUGCUGGAUGUGCUCAGUGGAAUUUUGUUGGUACGAAGUGCCAAAAUUACUUCGGAAAUAGAUGCACUCGACGUGGAAACCCUAGAAACGCUGAAUGAAACCGAGAAGGCUAAGGAAAAGUUCAGAGAUCUGAAAGCGAGACUUCUGAAUUUGAACCCAGAGUACAUCAGUGAUAUUGAUGAUGCAGCUCACGAGAGGCAUUUGCGGACGCUCUUUCCGGCGGGUUAUAGUGGCUGCUCUUGCUCUGACUUAGCGGCUAUUGCAGCGCAGAUCACCCUGUUUGAAGACGACGUGAGAGGACUCGACGAUCUUCAAAAUAAAGUCGAUCUGAUUGCCACGGCAGUAAAACAGCUGGGAGCCUGGGUUAAUUCGGGCGUGAAAGGCCCACAGGGACCACAAGGACUUCCCGGACCUCAGGGGGUCACAGGACAACAAGGUGACUCUGGUGAUGCAGGACCCGAUACUGUAAUGACACGGGAAGGUAUACCGGGUCCCCAAGGGCCGAGUGGUCCUUCAGGACCAUCCGGUGUUAAGGGAGAACGAGGUGACUGUAUCAAGGGACAGAAAGGAACCCAGGGUAAGAAGGGCGAGCCUGGAGUCGGACUUCCUGGAAUGCGAGGAACACCGGGUCCACAAGGAGUGCCUGGAAAGGCUGCCCCUAACCUGGAUUUCUCAGGAGCUAAAAGCACCUAGGGUCCUUUUGAGGAACUCGGAUUCCUGAAUUCUCCUUAGGCUCCAUUCUACAUUAAAUUAAAACAAUUGCAUGGCAAGUGAUAAAAUAAUGAGAAUCUUAGUGGCAAGAAUGAAAGAAGCCCCAUCACAUUGUAUAAAUGUUAAUAUAGCAUGUUUUUCACCAGGAAAGUAGCUCAUUUUCAUUUCAAAGUACUGCAAAAUAACAACCUAAAUUUUAAAAAAGGGGAAUUAGUAUUCCACGAAAAUUUUCAUCCGACAAAUUAACUAUUAAACAAAUUAUGUUUGUGUCCCAUGACUACUUAUCACCCUUUUUUCAAAGAUUUCACGUUCAAAAAUCCAAAUAAAAAUUCAGUUAAUAAAGUAAUCUAGUGAUUAUUACGCUCAAAAUAAAGGUUACUGUUAUAGAGAAACAAAAUCUUACUAAUCAUUUGAUUAAAAAAAGUUAUUAGUUAUUUAGCAGUCUCUUGCAUCAAGGAUGUAAAAUGUUUUUAAUAACGUGUUAUACUGAUUAGAUGUGGUUCUUCUCUACUGCUUCAGAUUCAAUUAAAAAUACUUUGCAUA